AUUUCAUUAGUUGUAUACAAUUGUUUUCCAUGUUUCAUGCGAAAUUUGGUUGUGAAAACUCAAAACUGUUAUUUAGAAGAAAGAAAAUUGUAAUUUAUAUUUUUAAUAAGAUCUGGAAAAAAAACAUAGAAAGAGAAACAACAUGUGAAUUACACAAAUGAGAUUUGCAAACAGAGGAAACAGAAGAGAUUGAUUGAUGAAGAAAGAGAAAGAGAAAGGAAUUGCUGUGUCAAGCCCCAUCAGUGGCGAAGAAGACAGUGAUGAUAAACAACAACACCCUUCCUUUUCCUCCGUCAGAUUCUCUUCCCGUAACGCUUCUUCCAAAUACGAUUUCGUCAAGGUAAAGGUGUGGUUGGGUGAUAAUGCGGAUCAUUACUAUGUUCUUUCCAGAUUUUUGCUCAGUAGAAUGCUAACUGUAACCAAGAUUCCAAACCAUGUAGCUAUCAAAAUUGCUCUCGAACUGAAGAAGCUGCUCAUAGACAAUAGCCUUCUUGAUGUCUCCCAAACUGAUUUGGAAGUCAACCUAUUUAAGCUUAUGGAGCGGCGAGGAUAUGGAGAAGAGUACAUAAAUCGGUAUAAGAUGAUGACAAGGUUUCACCAUCAAAGAGUUCCACUAGUAAUCCUUGUCUGUGGAACUGCUUGUGUUGGGAAGUCUACUAUUGCCACCCAGCUUGCACAGCGGCUAAAUUUACCAAAUGUAUUACAGACAGAUAUGGUUUACGAAUUGUUGCGCACAUCAACAGAUGCACCAUUGGCUUCAACUCCUGUUUGGGCCCGAGACUUCAGUUCAUCGGAGGAGUUAAUAACUGAAUUUUGCAGAGAAUGCAGGGUUGUUCGUAAAGGUUUGGGUGGUGAUUUGAAAAAGGCAAUGAAAGAUGGAAAACCAAUUAUAAUUGAGGGAAUACAUUUGGAUCCUAGCAUUUAUUUAGUGGAUGAUGAGAACAAAUCAUCUUCUGGAGUACAAGCAGAAAAUAAAGAAAUAAAUCCGGCGUCUGCGGAAUUGGAUAAUAAUACUGCAGUUCACACACAAAAUAUUCAUGUCGAUAGUGGUGGUGAGAAGAAUAAUGAUUCCAAGAUUUUGAGCUCCAAUGACGGAGUAUCUGAUGACCAGGUGGGUGCAGUAUCAAAUUCCAUGUCAUCGUUGGGCCUAAUUGGAAGCCUCACCGGACAUAAAGAUGCUUCUCUUACAGAACUGGGGACAGAAAAAACGACUGUUAGUAAGGAGAAGUCAGGCCCCAAACCAAUAAUUGUGCCUAUUGUUUUGAAGAUGGCCGAAUUUGAUCAUAAGGCAUUACUUGAAGAGUGGAUCUCUUCUCGUACAUUUAUCGAAAAGUGUCCAGAGCAGGAUCACGAUAAGCUCAUAGCCAACUUGAAAACCAUACAGGAUUAUCUGUGCUCCUUCACAUCACAGGGGUUGACUGUGGUCAAUGUAUCAGCAACAACAUUUCCACAAACAUUGGAUUGGCUGCAUGGUUAUCUUCUUCAGUGCAUUGAGCAAGGUACUUCAUUAGGGUCACAUGAAAAUGUUACACAAGUAGCUGCAGCAUAGUUUUUGUGAUGAUUCCAAUUUUCACAGAUUCAACUUCACAUUGCAAGAGGAUUAUGCUCUGGAGAAUAAAUUAUCAAAUUAAAAGGGAAACUAGUCGCCGUCUCUUCCAGGCCCCAGUGCAAAGAAAUCAGCAUUCCCUUGUAAAACUUGUAAUUAUUAAAUUAUCAACUUUUUUACUGAAGUAAAUGUGUAAUUAUUAUGCAAUUUAUCUUUGAUGGCUUAUCCCUCUUGAAAUUAUUAUCCACAGAAAAACUGCAGAUGGCAAGAUACCUCAAGAAAAAAAGUAAUCAUCAUCCUUAAAAUGUAUAGCUGAAAUGUUGUUAACAAAUGAAAUUAUAUAGUUAUAAUUA